CUACGCACACGUAUGUUUGUGUUUACAAGAUAACAAAGUACAUAAAAUCAAGUUGUAAUGAGAAAUAGAGCAUUCAUUAGAGAAUUAUUAUCAGAAUCUAUUUAGUUUUGCAUAAUAUUGUUGUAAGAACUGACGCGUGUUAGUGAUUUUGUUUGAGCCUACGCUGUCCAACUAUUCGGAUUUUUGCGGACUAUCACAUAACCUCAAAACUAUUGUAAACAAAACAUAACGAAGGGACAAAGUAGUGUAGCGGCAAAUAAACGUGAUGGAGAAACCUCGCAGAUUAAUUUGCAACGCUUGCUGAAAUGUGACCUGGAUUCUUUGCUGUGGCGUGAUUGGAAUCCAACCAAUUAACGAGCCAACUGAAUCAUGUUGUUGUAUAACAAAUUAAUUAAAAUUCUAAAUUAAAUAGCCUCUGAUUGGGCUGCUGUAAACAUUUGUUUGCAAAAUGACGCUGGACGUGGAGGGUGUGAUGGUAUCCUACAACUAUUCAGAAGACGAGGAACACGCGAACAUUUUGACAGUUUCCGCCUCGGGCCUCAAGUUCUCCAACCGGUGGGUCCUCACACACGGAUCCAUCCUAUCCCCUUUGAAACAAGUCCAAACCAUACAGAAUUUGAAAGGGAAACCUAUUUUAAAUGAAGAUUUUUAUGAUAAUUUGCCAGAAAUACAUGUGACGUGUGAGAAGAAGGCUUCGAAAAUGCCCAAUGUGUAUGAGGCUGUGGAAAAGAUGAGCAGGGAGAGGAGUCUAGACAGUGAUACUGACUUUGAACAUAGCAGCUACCAGAUAAGAGUGUUGACUGGGAGGAUCUGCCACGUGUGGCAAUGUCCCAUCCUGGACCGGUGUGUUGACGACAUCCUGUACAGCUGGACCAUCGGCCAUCGCGACGGAGAUGUUGACAAACAGUCACAGCUUGGCAAGACGCUGCUCUCUGUGUUCGUGCUAGUCGAUUUGGAUGACGACAGAGGUCUGAAAAACCUGCGGCCAUUAUCAGAACUAUUCGACAUGGUGAGACCCGCGCCACAGCGAGGUUCUACUAUUGAAGUUCACUCAACGCCUUUUGGUUGUGAAGUAUUUCUGAACGCAGUGACGCGAGGGUCCAUCUGCGGGGUGGUGGGCAAGAAGCCCUCGCUUCUCCUCACUGACGCUUCAACUGCUCUCGGCUCGGAAGGAGGGCCGGUUUACACUGAGGGUCCCACCAAGGAGUUGGUGGGCGUGGUGGUGUGCAGCGUGUCGUGGUGGCGCGGCGAGUGGGUGGGGCUGACGCUGGCGGCGCCGCUGCGCGCCGUGCUGGCCGCCAAGCUGCGCCUGUCGCCGCCCGCGCACGCCGCGCCUGUGGCUCGACAUCCCUACAGCGAUAUCUUGGAGCGCAUAGACAGCAGCACGGUGCUAGUGCGGUGCGGCGGUGCGUGGGGCGCCGGCGUCUAUCUCGGGGUCGGCUUCGUGCUCACCUGCGCGCACGUCGUCACCAACUACACAAUCUACAAAGUGUCAGUGUACUGCAAGGGCGUGAAAGAGACGGCGAUAGUCCGUUACAAGACAGCAGACGACAAAGCGUAUGACCUGGCGUUGUUAUAUAUGAACCCUCAAUACUGGACUCAUCUCCGGCCAGCUGUGAUGGCGAAAGAACCUGCUGUGAAAGGAGAAUCGGUCCUAGCAGCAGGCUACCCGUACUUCAGCGAGCGGGACUUGGAGCCGCUGCGGCCCGCCGUCACCAGCGGACACGUCAACACCGCCUCACCAUCUUUGCUGCAGACUUCUUGCUGUGUGCAGUCUGGAUUCAGCGGGGGCCCAAUUUUCCGAAUAACGCAGAACAACGCAGUAGAAGUGUUAGGCAUCAUAGCGUCGAGCGCCAAGACGCAGACAGGCGCGUGCUACCCCAACAUCAACAUGGCCGUGCCUGUAACAGCGUUCGCGAAGCUGAUCACCAACUUCCUAGAAGAGAAAGAUAUCAGCAAGUUGUCGUCAAUAGAAAAUAAUAAAGAAAUGAUCCAGUCACAGUGGAGACUUAUGCCUUACAGAUCAAAAAUAUGACCAUAUUUUCCUUGGUACUUAUCUAAUACUUAUAUAUUUCCCUAUAUUAUGGCCAACAGAUCAUGGUUCCUUUAGCAAGAAUUUACUUCUUUUGCCUUUUGUUAUUGGUAGUGGUGUUUUAUGAACCUCUUGUGAUAAUGUAGUUAUGUACUGCCUCAACUUUAGUUAGACCAAAUGUUAAAUCUAUGCAUUGGCAAAAAAGUUCUAGUAUAACAUAAAAUAUUACCUAUCCAACGGAAUAAGGGGUUAGGUACUGUUUCGAUUAUUGUUUAUUUGUAUGUUAGUAUGUAGCAUGUUUUUAUUGACUGUUGUAGGUGUCUGUGAAUAUAAUGUAGGUAAACGCUAGGUGAUUGAUAGAUAAGUUAUUUUCUAUAAGUACCUAUUUAUAAUAUUUUAUUAAAUAAUAUUAGGUAAGUAUUUUGAAAUUAAAUGUAAUAUUUUCUAA